CACCGAAAGCGACUUCCUUUAAAUGGGGGUCCUCCCUUUAUCUACCAUUAAUAAUUUCUUACAUUUCAGUUCUCUCCAUUUCAUCUCUUUGUUUCCUCUGCUUAAUUUUUCUAGCAAAUGGUUCCCUAAACUGCUUAAGGAACUUCAAUUUUCUCAAAGUGAACAAGGAAGUGAAUGGCAGAGGUUUGUUUUGGAGUUGUUACUGAAACUGAAACAUCGCCGCCGUGUCAGUCGAAUUCACGGCCGGUGAGGAGGAGGAGGAGGAGAAUGGAACUCAGGAAAUUAAAUAUAAUCACAUCGGAAACGGAGAGCGGAAUUAAACGUCCAAAAUUAAAGCUUCUAUCAGGUUCCGUUUCAAGAAUUUGUGAUAACGCUUUGGAAAAUUGCAGCUCUGAUGAAGAAAGAGAAGACCAACUGAUAUUAGCAGAAAGUACUAAUGGAGGUUCACCGCCUAAUAUUAUUUUGGCACCAAUUUUGGGUUCUUUGAAUUCUACUCUUGUUAUUCGAUCAGUUUUAGCUUGCCCGAAAUUCGGGUUCUCUUCUGUUUGUGGAAGGAGGAGAGAUAUGGAAGAUGCAGUUGCAAUUCAUCCCUUUUUUUCUCAAAUGGAACAAGAAGAUGGUGGAGAAUUGCAUUAUUUUGCCGUUUAUGAUGGUCAUGGUUGCUCUCAUGUGGCGAUGAAGUGUAGAGAGAGAUUACACGAGCUAGUGAAGGAAGAACUAGAGAAGAAAAAAGGAAAUAAUGAGGCAGAGUGGUGGGUGCAUGCAAUGGACCAAAGCUUUAGUCGUAUGGACAAAGAAGUAAUUGAAUGGAACAAGAAGAGUGUUAUUGGGGCCACAUGCCGGUGCGAGCUACAAACACCGGAAUGUGACGCUGUGGGUUCAACUGCGGUUGUCGCAGUUGUAACACCUGACAAGAUUAUUGUUGCAAAUUGUGGUGAUUCUAGAGCUGUUCUUUGUCGAAAUGGCCAAGCUAUACCUCUUUCUAACGAUCAAAAGCCGGAUCGUCCAGAUGAACUUCAUCGGAUCCAGGAGGCUGGUGGCAGAGUGAUCUACUGGGAUGGCCCUCGUGUUUCAGGUGUUCUGGCUAUGUCGAGAGCCAUUGGUGAUAAUUAUUUGAAGCCAUAUGUAAUAUGCGAGCCAGAGGUGACAAUAACGGCUCGAACACCGGAAGAUGACUGUUUAAUUCUGGCAAGUGACGGAUUAUGGGACGUAGUGUCGAACGACACUGCAUGUGGCGUUGCCGGGAUGUGUCUGAAAGGGAAUGCGCCUUCAUCUGUGCCGGAAAAUGGAGCCUGCGGCAGUGAGAUGAGUUUCGAUCAGGAUUGCUCUGAUGCAUCGAUGCUUUUGACUAAACUAGCCCUUGCCAGGCAGAGCUACGACAAUGUCAGCGUCGUUGUGGUUGAUCUGAAGAACAAAACGGAGAGCUAGCUAGUUAGUAUUGAAGUCUCGUUUUAGUGUUUUCAUGGGGUUGGUUGGUUAAGGUGGUGGUAGGUUUUAGAUUAGUUCUUAAGAGGUUUGAAAUUGGAAGAAAAGGGGAUUGAGGAAAAAAGGGUUUCCUCAAUUAGGAGUUUUUAGCCUUGUUUCUGCACUGUUUAAUGUGGAAGAUUGUAUUAUGUACAAAUUAAGAUUAUAAUAUCUAGUUUAAAAUUUUAGUUUGCAUAUUAAAAAUUCAUGUUAAUUCCAAA